AUGGGACACCAGCCUCAUGGCCAGUUUCUAAUUAGAAAAUAGUCUCUAGUAUAGUCAAAGAUCAUAGAUGAACAGGAAUUCAUCUAAGAUAGAGGUCUCCACAGUCUCCGAUCCUUUAAUCUAAAAAUUAUAAUUAAUGGAACGUAACCUAUGAUCUGCACAAAUUGUCAUCAUGACAAAUACAAAUAGAAAGAUGAUAUUUAGAUAUUUGUCACACCAUAACUUUGCAUCUCUUAUGUUAUUAUGCCGUGAAUUACUUUUUUAUUAAAUUGUGUUCGAAAUACUUAUAAAAUCGUGACGCAACGGAUUAUUGUGACUAGCAAUAGGAUCGUAAUCGUAAAGAAGACGAAGGAAAGCUGCGCUUUCCUGCUUGCAUUGUUAAUUUUUUCCACCGAUGAUGGAGAAACGAAAUCCUCUAUUUAUCUAUUGUGCUUUCAUUAUCUUUCAAAGUGUUUAUGGGCUUCACAGAAAUUUGAAAUAUUAUGAAACAAUUCAUAGUACUCAUUUUCAACAUAGAAUUGUAAAGCAGGGUAUUUAUCAUAGUUACCAUCCAUAUAAUAAAAUAAGUGAAUUGGAAUUCUACUCACAUGGACGUCAUUUCCGAUUAAUUUUAACACCAAGAAGAGAAGUUAUACAUUCCAACUUUAAGGCAUAUGAAGUCAGUGCUGAUAAUAAAGAAAAAACUGUUCAUUUAGAUCAUGAUAACUUUUAUCAUGGCCGGGUGUUUGGAGAAAUUAAGUCUCAUGCUCAGAUGCAUAUUGAUGAUGGUAUUGUGACAGGCACUAUAACAAUGUCAGAUGAAACCUUUCAUAUUGAACCAUCCUGGAGGCAUCUUUCUCAUUUGGAUAAUCAGACAAUGAUUAUUUAUAAAUCUUCUGACGUUAAAUUCAGUUGGGAGCAUUAUCAAAAUGGAGAAGGUCAUACACAUGGAGCACCAAAAACUUGUGGUUACAUUAACGAAAACUUACAGCAUACAUUAAGUUAUAAGAGCGAUUCUGAGGACGAUAUAGAAAUGGAUAAUAGUAGCAUUAGGGUGAAAAGGCAAACAGAGACUUAUGAAUAUACACCAACGAAAACAAGAUGUCCGUUAUUGUUAGUUGCUGAUUAUCGGUUUUAUCAGGAAAUGGGUGCCAGUAGUACAAAAACUACAAUUAAUUAUUUGAUAAGUUUAAUUGAUAGAGUACAUAAGAUUUACAAUGACACUUUAUGGCAAGAUCAUCAAGAAGAAGACGGUUUCAAAGGGAUGGGUUUUGUCAUAAAAAAAAUCGUUGUUCAUAGUGAACCGACGCGAGUAAGAGGUGGUGAAACACAUUACAAUAUGGUUCGCGAAAAAUGGGAUGUCCGUACAUUGCUCGAGGUAUUUAGUCGAGAAUAUAGUCAUAAGGAUUUCUGUUUGGCCCAUUUAUUUACCGAUCUGAAGUUUGAAGGUGGUAUUCUCGGAUUAGCCUAUGUAGGAUCUCCUCGUAGAAAUUCGGUAGGCGGUAUAUGUACACCAGAAUAUUUUAAAAAUGGAUAUACAUUGUAUCUGAACUCGGGGCUAAGUUCUAGCAGAAAUCAUUAUGGACAAAGAGUAAUUACAAGGGAAGCCGAUUUGGUUACAGCACAUGAAUUUGGUCAUAAUUGGGGUUCUGAACAUGAUCCAGAUGUCUCAGAAUGUAGUCCAAGUGCAAGCCAAGGGGGAUCUUACUUAAUGUACACUUACAGUGUUAGUGGCUAUGAUGUUAACAAUAAGAGAUUUUCACCAUGCAGCUUGCGAUCUAUUAGAAAAGUUCUACAAGCGAAAUCCGGACGUUGUUUCUCAGAACCAGAAGAAUCAUUCUGUGGUAAUUUGAGAGUCGAAGGUGACGAAGAAUGCGAUGCGGGUCUCUUGGGAACAGAAGAUAAUGAUUCGUGUUGCGACAAAAAUUGUAAACUUCGAAGUAAUCAAGGAGCAGUUUGUAGUGAUAAAAAUUCUCCUUGCUGUCAGAAUUGUAAUUACAUGCCUGUAGGCAUAAAAUGCCGUGAUGCACAAUAUGCCACUUGCGAACAGGAAUCGCGUUGCACCGGAACAUCUAGCGAAUGCCCGAAGUCUCCGGCCAUGAAGGAUGGCACUGGUUGUCUCGAACGUGGUCAAUGCCGUUUAGGCAAAUGCGUACCAUAUUGCGAGACCCAGAAUUUACAGAGUUGCAUGUGCGAUACUAUUGCCGACGCAUGUAAAAGAUGCUGCAGAAUGAGUUUGAACGAAACGUGCUUUCCGAUAGAUCCGCAAGAUAUUUUACCCGAUGGCACACCGUGCAUUCAAGGUUUCUGCAAUAAAGGUGUAUGUGAGAAAACGAUUCAGGAUGUAGUAGAACGAUUCUGGGACAUUAUCGAGGAUAUAAAUAUCAACAAAGUUAUGCGCUUUUUAAAAGAUAAUAUAGUGGGUGCUGUAAUAAUUAUCACUGCCAUUAUAUGGAUACCAGCAAGUUGUGUAAUCAGUUACAUUGAUCACAGACGUGUAAAAGAGAAUGAAAAGAAGUGGCGAUGGAAACAUACAGAUGAACUUAUUCAUCCGGAUGAGCCGAGACAAGUGAUUUAUGUUGGCGGUCAACGACAAAGAGUACAACAUGCCAUGCAUCAAUCGUGAAUGUAGAUCGUUCCAUUACGUAUUUCGAUAUCUAAGUCAGAUUAGAAUAUCUAGUCAGAUUUAUAUGAAGUGAUACAUCGGUUGUAUAUCAAUUUAGAAUAACGAAAUGUAAACG